AUGUUUUUGAAAUUAAUAUAUUUAUUAUUAAUUUGCGUGAUGCCUUCCGUGUACUGUGUAAGAUGCUAUCAAUGUUCCUCGUCGCAAAAUUUGUUAGAAGAUACAUGUGGUGCCUAUAAGAAGUUUAAUACGGAAAGCCAUAUAGCAGUAGAGUGUAACAGUGAUGAAUCUCAUGUGCCUGGUUACUUCUGUAUGAAAUUAACACAACAGGGACCAAAAGGAUUUAUAUGGGACGGUAGAUGGCGGCAAGUUGUUAGACGUUGUGCAUCCGUUGCUGAGACAGGGGUAACGGGGGUUUGUAACUGGGGUGUUUACGACAACGGAGUAUAUUGGGAGGAGUGUUAUUGUUCAACCGAUGAAUGUAACGACUCGUCUUCCGUACAUGUCUCUGUUGCUUUAGUUUUAAGCACCAUUGUUAUAGUACUGUUUGGUAAUUAUAUAUUUUGA